AUGAGACUCGCUAAACCACUUUUAAACCACUUUAAGGUUCCCAUCAUCAAGCUGACGGACCAGGAGACGGAGGUGAAGGUAGACAUCAGCUUCAACGUGGAGACCGGAGUCAAAGCGGCCAGCUUUAUCAAAGACUACGUAAAGAAGUACCCGGUGCUCCCGUACCUGAUCUUUGUGCUGAAGCAGUUCCUGCUUCAGAGAGAUCUGAACGAGGUUUUCACCGGGGGCAUCAGCUCUUACAGCCUCAUCCUCAUGGUCAUCAGCUUCCUGCAGCUCCAUCCUCGAAUCGACGCCAGAAACCCCAACGAGAACCUGGGCAUGUUGCUGAUCGAGUUCUUUGAGUUGUACGGUCGACAUUUCAAUUACUUGAAAACGGCGGUUCGCAUCAGAGACGGAGGCUCGUACGUAUCCAAAGACGAGAUCAUGAAGACCAUGACGAACGGAUACAGGCCAUCCAUGCUCUGCAUAGAGGAUCCACUACUCCCAGGUAACGAUGUGGGGAGAGGCUCCUACGGGGCCAUGCACGUCAAACAGGUGUUCGACUACGCCUACACCGUCCUGAGUCACGCCGUGUCUCCACUGGCGCGUUCCUACCCAAACAAAGACGGGGAAAGGUUAGGCCCCGCCCCAAUACCCGGCCCUAUAGAGGCCCGCCACGCCUCUAAAACGCCUCUCCCUCUCUACUCCCACAGCACACUGGGCAGGAUAAUCAGGCUGACACAGGAAGUGAUCGACUACAGGAAGUGGAUCAUUAAGAAGUGGGGCGGCAGAGAUUCGACACGGACGGACAAUAGAGUUUCGUCCCCGAAGGAUCCGGUCCGGGAUCAGGACCCCUGCGUGUUGGGGGGCGUGGUGGGUUCUGAGGAGCAGCAGAGGGACUCUGUUUCCCCCCACAGCGCGGACUCCCCGAUGUCCAUCCCCAGCUCCCAGCAGCACUCCUCCGCCUCCUCCGUGUCCUCGCUGUCCGGAUCCGAUAACGUAGGAUUUCUCCUUCUCCGUUCCCGUCUUAGUAUUUAG